AUGAACUAUCUAAAAUUGUUUCUUUUUUUAUUUUUGGUGAAUAUACUCAACAUUUAUGGGACUCCCUUAUUCUAUAACAAAAAUCUUGAGAAAUGGAAUAAGGAACUUUUGAAAAUUUCCAAAAAAGAAUACAACAGUCUGAAUGAAUUAAAUGAACUUACAGACAGAAAAAAUUGUGGAAAAUCACUAAAACAUUUGGCAGGACUCAUUUUAGAUAAGUCAGAUAAAGAAGCUAAAUUAAUCAUAGAAGGAUCUAUUAUUUUUAAUAAAUUAAUUUUAAAACUUGGGAAUAUAAAAGAAAAAGAAAUAAAAGUUAAUGAUAUUAUAUUACCUAUAGAAACAUUGUCAAAUAAAUGUAUUAACAUACGAGUAGCCAAAUCAAACGAUUCUACAAUUUUGUGUUUAGCAAAUAAGGUUCUGAGGAAUUUCUGGGCCAAUUCAAUAACGGAUGCUGUUUUAUGUAACAUGACGAAUGUUCAAGGGAAAUUACCAGAAUAUGAUUAUACAAAAAAUGAUAAUGAUAAUGAUAAAGAUAAUGAUGAAGAUAAUGAUGAAGAUAAUGAUGAAGAUAAUGAAAUGGAUAUGAAAGAAAAAGAGGCGAAUUCACAAAAUACAAAAGUAAAAAAAAUAAAUGAGAAAAAAAAAAAAAUUAUUAACGAAGAAUUUGACGAUGAACAAGAAAAAGAACAAAAAGGAUUAAAACUACGAAUAGCAAAAAGUAAAUAUGGUCAACCUAAUAUAAAAAUUAAUGAGAAAAGUCUUGAAGAUAUAAAAAAAGAUCAGUUACUGAAAAAUUCAUCCAGGAAUGAACAAGAAGCAAUAAAUUUACAAAAAGAAAACAGCGAAGAAGAUAGUGAAAAAUAUUCCGAUAUGGAAUGA